GCGUCCAUCUUUCCACUUUCUCCUCGUUUUCAGCCGUAGAAUCCGGCGAUAUCGGCGUCGGAAAAUGGCCAAGAAAGGGAAAAAGCAGCAGCAGGAGUAUUCCGGCGGCGCGCCGCCGAUAGUACCCGCCAAACGCAUCACCUGGCCCAAGCUGAGACGGCGACGAGAGCUGACGCCGCGAUUAAUCCGCGGCUGCGACGUUUUCACAGUACCAGGAGCGCUGAGCGCGGAGGAAUGCGAGCAGUUCAUUGGUCAGGCGGAAGCUGUGGGGUUCCAAUGGCAGGGCAGCGGAGGGCCCGCCAAGGGUGAGGCGUAUCGGGACAACCAUCGGAUAUCCGUUGAGGAUAACGAUUUGGCAGCACACCUCUGGACCCGACUUGCUCCAGUCCUUCACCCGUUACAAGCUGGUAACCGCACGGCCGUACGAUUGAAUCCGAAUAUCCGCAUUUACCGCUACAGCCCGGGCCAGCAGUUUGGAGCGCACAUAGAUGAGAGCGUGGCUGUAGCAGGGGGCGGGAGGACGGAGUACACCCUCCUGGCGUAUCUCUCUGGUGCUCCCUCCACGUGGGAGGGGGAGGAGGAGGCGGAAGGGGUGGAGGGAGAAGGGGAGGAGGGAGGGGAGGGGGAAGGCGAGCGGGGAGGGGAGGGGGGGGAGAGGGAAGGGGAGGGGGCGCCGGGCGAGGGAGUGAGGGAGGCGGAUGGAGGGGAGGGGCAGUGGAGGAGAGAGAAGGAGGUGGCUGGAGGGAGGGGUAAGGGUGGGGGGGGAAAGAACCAACAGCAGCAGCAGCAGCAACAGUUGGUCGGAGGAGAGACGGUGUUCUAUGUGGGGGCACGAUCCCAGGAGAGCUUUGAGGUGAGUCCAGAGGUGGGCAUGGCGUUGCUGCACCGUCAUGGGGCCAGGUGCUUGCUGCAUGAAGCUAGGGAGGUGAAAACAGGUGUGAAGUAUGUGUUGCGUUCGGAUGUUGUGUUCAAGUAGCGGCACACGCCAAUGAUGGUAUCAGUAAGGUACAUACCCUGCAAAAGAGGCGGUUCCGUACUCACUAAAGUGUAGUUCAUAAGUUGUUUUUUCCCUUAUUAACAAAACUUUCAAGCUUUACAUAC